AGGGAACCAUACGGUGUGCAGCUGCUACGUUUCGGAAGUGUCGAAAAUUUAAACACCAACUGACGUAUAACAUAGUUCGACACCACAAAGUGUCGAGAAAAAGCACACUUGAACUUAGACGUCAAUUGACGUGCAAUAUUAAACACUUGUUUUACCAGUGUUGAUCAAAACUCUUUUGUCUUUUUUUUUCGUGUGGCACGCUAGUUGUCCCGGGACUUAUGUAUCACGCGAUAGGUGUACUGUCAAAGCGCGCAGUAUGUUGCCUAGUACGGCAGGCUACGGCUGGACCCGAGGCUCCCUCAUUUUAAUUAGAUAUAUUACUCGAAAACCAAAUUACUGUUUCUUCGAGUUUCAAGCUAUAAGCGAGAAUUUAGGAAUCCACCACGGCCUCAAACUGACAGACAUCAGUUACCUUUCUAGUGCCGCUCGGGGCCGGGGCCGCUUAAUUUACUGUAAAUUACAGAGUUAAUUUGUGAAAUUUCGGCAGUUGUUUUUUACAGCGCUAGUAUUACCGUUAUUCAACAUGUCAUUCCUACUAGUGCUCCUAGCAAUUAUGGUCAAGCAGGGCACCCUCGGCAAAGCCAUCAACACUUUGAUAGGCCCUUACAUUGCCUAUGGGGACCGCUUUUUCAUGUGUGAACCAAACCUUCCCUCGAAAUGGUAUAUUCGUGCUUCUCACUUCAACCCACAAAAACCAAAAGAGUUACAAGUCUUGACAGGCAAUGCUACGUUUGCAAUUCCUUAUGAUGACGGCUGCUGGGGAGUCUACGAGGCCAAUAACACCCCAGUAGACUGGACUUUUCCAAAUGUCCCAGUCAUGCCUUAUGGACACUAUAGGUUAAGAGCCUUGUUUGGCAAUAAAUCUGAAAUGGCUAACGGAUGCUGGGCCGUUCAUUGCUAUGUUAUUCCGAAACCCGAGUAGCCCUUCAAUGCGGUUCACGGUUAAU